AUGACUGUCAUGGAGGGUACCGACCGUCAGGAGAUCGUCAUAAUAGGCGGUGGCAUUAUUGGUUGUACGACAGCAUAUUACCUGACAAGACAUCCUGCCUACGAUCCAUCGAAGCAUUCCAUAACGGUAAUCGAGGCUACAAGAAUAGCUGGUGGAGCAUCUGGAAAGGCUGGAGGACUUCUUGCAGUAUGGGCGUAUCCAAACAACAUUGUUCCCCUGAGCUUUAAGCUACAUCAAGAUUUGGCACAGGAACAUGGUGGUGAAGAGAAUUGGGGUUACAGAAAGGUGUCGUGCGGAAAUUUGGAAGCAACGGGCCGAGGGAGGAACGAGCUGGAACGAUUAGGUGGACAAGCUGGAAUGUCAUUGGGAAAGAGGAGCGGAGAGAAGGGGAGGAAGGUCACCAAUGGAGGAAGGAGUGCGCUUCCCAAAGACCUAGACUGGAUACUGCCAGAUCUUAUCAAGGGAUACGAAAAGAUGGGAGGAAGUAAGGAAACAGCACAAGUGCACCCUUAUCAGUUCACGAUGGCUAUGAUUCGUCUUGCGGAAGAACAGGGCGUCAAGGUCAUAAUCGGAUCUGUUCAAGCCAUUAACUAUGCUGAAGCCAGUCCAUCGCCCACCCCAAUCACUCCUCCAGCAGAAGACAAUAGUUAUUUGUCGGGUCCACCAUCUCCAGCGCUCUCGUCGGUAUCUUUGGGUUCUUUUUCAUCAGGCCGUAGUACUCGUCGAAAGGUAAAAUCAGUAACAUACAAGGAUCGUGAGACGGAAGAAAUACAUACAAUUCCAUCUACAACAACCAUUCUUGCGGCAGGACCAUGGACUUCAAAACUUUACCCUUCUGCUCCGAUAUCUGGGCUACGAGCACAUAGUGUUACCAUUACCCCGGCCUCACCUGUUUCGGCUUAUGCUUUGUUCACCGAGAUAACUAUUCCUCCUACACCACCAUCUCCAUCAUACCGGUAUCAUUCAUCACGGAAUAUCCAGGCGGAACCGGUAUCUCCAGAGAUAUAUUCACGCCCAAAUAAUGAAAUAUAUGUUUGUGGUGAAGGGGAUAUGGAAGUGGAGGUUCCCGAGACGACCGCAGACGUGGAAGUGGAUGAGAAUCGUUGUGAUGACCUGAUAGCUCAGGUCAGCUCUAUAUCGGACCAUAUUCGACUUGGACGGGUAACAAGAAAACAAGCUUGCUAUCUGCCAAUUCUAAGUGUGGGUGGCCAUGGUGGACCUUUGAUCGGUGAAACGGGAACUGAAGGCCUCUUGAUGGCUACGGGCCAUAGUUGUUGGGGUAUUAAUAAUGCGCCGGCCACUGGAAAAUUGAUAAGUGAAAUGGUCUUCGACGGAAAGGCCAUUAGUGCAGAUAUCGGCCAGCUGGAUCCACGAAGGAUACUGUGA